AUGGACGGAAUUCAAGUGGAUAUGAACCGCUUGAAGAAGGGUGAGGUCAGUUUGGGUACCUCAAUUAUGGCGGUGACAUUUAAAGAUGGUGUUAUCUUAGGUGCAGAUUCCAGGACAACGACAGGUGCGUAUAUUGCAAAUCGUGUUACAGAUAAACUAACAAAAGUUCAUGACAAGAUCUGGUGUUGUAGAUCAGGGUCUGCUGCUGAUACACAAGCAGUUGCUGAUAUUGUACAGUAUCAUCUAGAGUUGUACACAUCACAAUACGGAGAACCAACAACUAAAGUAGCAGCAUCUAUCUUCAAGACACUUUGUUACGAAAACAAGGAUAACUUAACAGCGGGUAUUAUAGUAGCAGGUUAUGACGAAAAGAAUGGAGGUGAGGUUUACAGUAUACCACUAGGUGGAUCUGUUCAUAAACAAUCAUAUUCUAUUGCUGGGUCUGGUUCAGCAUUCAUAUAUGGUUACUGUGACAAGAACUACAAGGAAAACAUGACCAAAGAGGAAACAAUCAAUUUUGUCAAACAUUCCCUAUCGCAAGCUAUCAAAUGGGAUGGAUCCUCAGGUGGUGUCAUUAGAAUGGUUAUCCUAACUGCAGAAGGUGUGGAACGUCUCAUUUUUUACCCAGAGGAAUACGAAAACUUGUAA